ACAUCGCAUACCCUUCGCUGCCAAAUUCUUUUAAAAGGCCAUCCUUCCACACUUUCGCCACUACUCAGAAUACCGUCGCUUACCACCACCAUCGACAAGAAAUUAAAUCGACUACACAACCAUCGCAGCCAGAACAUCACCAUCAUGAACGGCAACUUCUUUGACCCCUUAGGUGAAUGGGAAGACAGAAACACAGUCUAUACUCUCGUCGUCCACAUCCCUUCGCGCCCACCACGCCGCUACGUCCCCCAAGUUCACGCCACCCCUGCGCCCCAGGACAAAUCUAAAUACGACUGCUUGAAGCACAGCGACCUCAAAGACAUGAAGAAGGAAACCAUUAAGAUUAAGAGUCACGAUUUCCCGUGGCAGCUGCGCUGCCAGCAUGUUCGCUGGAAGACAGAGUGUAAGGAGGGGUGCUAUGUGCGGGAGAAGGGGGGCGACAUUGCUAGGUCGACCUGUAAGAGGGCAGAUUGCGAGGGGCAUGUGUAUAUGGGCAGUGUGAAAGGGAAGGUGUCCGACGACGGGGAGGCGUGUUCCGAGAAGGUGUCCGACGACAGGGUGGCAUGCUUCGGGAAGAAAGGGGAGAGGCUGGUGUGUUUGGGGUAGUGGAAGACGGUGCGUAGAUUGGGGGUAACCCUAACUUGGUAGCGUAAAUGUUCAAUUAAGUGGAGACUGUGCCUUGACAGUACGAAAGUAGGAGGGAGGAUUUGACUCACGCGCGCCUCGGCGCAUAUUAUUACCCUCUAUCGAGAUCGGGCAGCAGCCACAGAAGGAGAAGGUGUAGGUUCAGGCUAUAGCCUAUGUCCAGAUAGAGAUGGAAGACCUAGUCGUGAAUGCUGACUUGCAAACGGUGAAUUUGAUUGGGAGACCUGUGUGAGUGCUAUGAACCGCGACGUC